CCAAUCACUGCUCUCCGAUUCCCUAAUUCACCAAAUUUUAUACUUCUGUGUUCUAGCUCCUUCUGGAGACUCAUCUCCAAUGGCGUCCGAUCUGGAGAUCAGAGCCGGCAAGGCCUUCAUCGACGACCACUUUGAACUCGCCGUUGACCUGUACACUCAGGCCAUCGAAAUAAACCCUAAUCAUGCCGAGCUCUAUGUUGAACGAUCUCAGGCCAACAUCAAACUCAACAACUUCACUGAGGCUGUUGCUGAUGCAAACAGAGCAAUUGAGUUGGACCCAUCAAUGUCUAAAGCAUUCUUGCGGAAAGGCACUGCAUGUAUGAAGCUUGAGGAAUAUCAAACUGCUAAGGCAGCCUUCGAAACAGGGGCUUCCUUGGCACCGGGAGAUUCAAGAUUCACUAAUUUGAUAAAAGAAUGCGAAGAGCGCAUUGCAGAGGAAACUGAUGGCCUACCAAAGCAGUCAGUGGUACAAGCCCCUGAAGCUGUUGAAUCUCCUGAAACUGUUGUAGCUGCAGAGAAAGUUCAUCAGGUGCCAAUGGUAACAGCAAGCAAACCAAAAUACAGGCAUGUAUAUUACCAGAAACCACAAGAAGUGGUUGUCACCAUAUUUGCAAAAGGCGUACCAGAUGAAAAUGUUGUUGUUGACUUUGGUGAACAAAUACUGAGUGUCAGCAUUGAUGUUCCUGGUGAUGUUGCAUAUCAUUUUCAACCUCGCUUAUUUGGAAAGAUAAUACCCGACAAGUGUAGAUAUGAAGUAUUGUCAACCAAAAUUGAAAUCCGACUUGCAAAAGCUGAAGAAAUUCAGUGGACUUCUCUUGAAUUCAGCAAGGAAAAUACAGUUCCACAGAGGAUAAAUGUAUCUACAAUUGCAGGUGUUGCAUCUCAAAGGCCCACUUACCCGUCCUCUAAGACUAAAUUGGUAGAUUGGGAUAAGCUGGAAGCACAAGUCAAGAAGGAGGAGAAAGAAGAAAAGCUGGAUGGAGAUGCAGCUCUGAACAAAUUUUUCCGGGACAUAUACAAAGAUGCAGACGAAGACACAAGAAGGGCCAUGCAAAAAUCUUUUGUGGAGUCAAAUGGGACAGUGCUGUCGACAAACUGGAAGGAAGUUGGAUCGAAGAAGGUUGAGGGAAGCCCUCCCGAUGGCAUGGAGAUGAAGAAAUGGGAGUACUGAGUUAUUUCUCCUCUAAAUUGUGUAUAAGUAUUUUAUUAUGCGAUUUUGCUCUUCUGCUCUAUUGACAUGAUUUCGGCUUUUCCUCCUUAUAGCUUAAUCUUUAGGAGUCUUGUGUUUGGACAUGCCCUAGGUAUUCUUCCCAUUUAAAACAAUUUGGUUUGCUAGAACUGCCCCCCUGUAUGUCCGUUAACCUUGCUACUGGUUUGCCAUUUAAUUGAAAUGAUUGAUGAAUUGUGUCUAAUGUUUGUGGAGAA